AUGCAAUCCGAGGGAGAGACUAUUCCAUCCAUUGAAUCUGGAACCCAAGAAGUGCCUCCUGAAAUCAACGAAGAUGACAUUGUUGUAACAAGUCACCUUCGGAAGUCUUACAAACUGCAAGAUGGUCGAGAAGUGGUCGUCCUGCGCAAUAUCACGCUUGACAACAGUGUUGAUUCGUUUCCUGUGAAACGUGGCGAGUUUGUGAUCAUUCGAGGACCUAGCGGCAGUGGAAAAACAAGUUUCCUCAACAUUAUUGGCACAAUCGACCAGCCCACUUCCGGCGCGCUCUACUUGUUUGGAAAGCAUGUUGAAAACAAAGCCAAAGACAAGGAAUUAGCCGAAAUUCGGCUGCGUCAUAUUGGAUUCGUGUUCCAAACCUUUAAUCUGAUCUCCACACUCACAUCUUUGGAAAACGUGCUUCUCCCUAUGCAGCUUGCAGGAGACUUAUCUGCGCAGGAACAGAAGGAAAGAGCUAUGCAACUGUUGGUCGAUGUGGGGUUGCAAGAUCGGAUUUACCAUCUCCCGUCCGAGCUGAGUGGAGGAGAACAGCAACGAGUCACGAUAGCCAGAGCUUUGGCGAACAAGCCUGAGAUUUUGCUGCUGGAUGAACCUACAGGCGAUCUAGAUAGCCGGACAACAAUCGAAGUGAUGAAUAUCCUCCUAGACCUAAAUCGCAGUGGAAUUACCAUGAUCAUGGUAACUCAUAACCCGGAUUUGGAGUGUUAUGCAAACCGGAUAUUAUACAUCAAGAAUGGCAUGGUAGACAAGCAAGUAAUCAACCAAUAUCAAUGUAAAUACUAUCCUGAAGAAUAUCAAGAAAAGGUAAACUCAAAGAAAUUGUUAUUCUUUUUUUGUUCUAAAAAACGGUACAAAGGGAAUAAGUCAUAA